AGCUAGCUAGCGGAUAUCACCGCGUUCAAUGGAAACGGUCUGAAUGGGCGACUGUGUGAAAUCAGAGUCAAUUUGGAGACAUAAAAACAUACUAAAGCUGGGCAUUAGCUAAUACAAAAUUCAUCUGACAGGACCACAGACUUACAGAUUGUAAACGAAACGGAUUUUCAGUGUAUUCUGAUUCCGGACAGCCCAGCCCGGCGUCACAGAGUAGCGUCCCCCUGAAUCUCUCCGCAAAAUGUUUUCCGAGUUGAAUAGCAUCCUCAACGCCUGUCCAGAGAAUUGCCCGCAGGGAGAGUGUAUCCUUGUGUCUGACAGAAAAGCGGAUGCCUCCUUUCUCAUCCACCAUUUUCUAUCCUUCUACCUGCGAGCCGGUUGUAAGGUGUGCUUCCUGGGGCUGGUGCAGUCUUUCAGUCACUAUAGUGCAGUUGGCCAGAGACUGGGUGUGAGCCUGGCACAGGCCAGGGACAAAGGACAGCUUGUGUUUCUGGAGGGGCUAAAGGAUGCGUUGGGAAUAUUGCUGCAAGAUGGGACGAGGUCUGGAUCACACACCCUGGACUUCUUAAGUUCUCCCCGUUCUGACCUGCGGAGAGUCUUUGAGUUUGUGCAGGGGUCUAUGAGCGGGAGUGAAGUGGCAGAAUGGGGACCCCCGGUGCUGAUCGUGGAUGACCUGACAGUGUUGCUGAGUCUUGGCGUCAGGGCAGGAGCGGUGCUGGACUUUGCCCACUAUUGCAGAGCCUUUGUGUGCUCCAAGCAGCAGGGCAAUAUGGUGAUACUAGUAAGAGGUGAGGAUGAGGCAGAGGACGAAGGUGAUGAAGAAGGCUCUGAGUGGCUCCUGAAGGGUCUCACCCACCAGUGCAGCCUGGCACUGCGAGUGGAAGGCCUCCCCACUGGCUAUUGCAAAGACAUUCAUGGGCAGGUGGAGGUGUGCUGGCAGGGAUGCAGCAGGGGCGUUGGAUGUCCUCAGCGGAAGCUCUUCCAGUACAAAGUCCAUGACAAGGGAGCGUCCUUCUUCGCUCGAGGCAUGUCCAGUGCUGUGCUCUGAGACCUCAACCCAAACACUGAGGAGAGACGUGCCUGCACCUGAGGAGGAAACGGAGACCAGUAGUCACUGUAUAGAUGAUGGAGGCCCCUCCUCCUGUGUGAGGGCCCUCAAGUCCACAACAAGAAAUGUCCAGUACCUGCACUGCCAAAGAUGAGAAAGGUGGCCUCUCAUUGCCAACAGACAAUUAGGAAUGGACAUUUCCAAAUCCAAAAAAAGGCAUCACACGUCACAAAGUGACACAAAGCAAUCGUGGGUAUGCCGUAAAUGUUGUCAAAGGUUUUAAGCAAAUGAGGUAAAUGCUUUAUGACACCUGAUGUGUGACUAGUUAUAUUUUUGCAUGUUUUCUGGGGGAAUUUUACAUUUUCUUUACAUAAAAGAAGCAAAUCAGCUGUCAAAGAGCACUGCAUUUGCUAAUGAACUCCUCGCAGUGUGACAAUACCAUGUUCAUAAUGGUAUUAAUAUGAUGUGUAAUACUUCGUUAAAGCCAAAUGAAAGUAGCUACACUUAAUAAUGUAUUGUCAAAAAAGAAAAACUUGGCAUUAGGCAAAACAAAGUGCAUAAUCUUAAAGAGAUUGGAGAACUGCAAUCCAGCAGAUCUUCAGCUGCUCUCAAAAAUCUAUCUCUCAGGUAAAAAUAAGAUAAAUCAGAAGGCUAAGCUUUUUAAACCUACUGCCAAGAACAUGGGUGGGA